ACCCGUUCUGGUCACCAGGGAGCGCUGUGGCUCUUCUCGGGAUGGCCCUAGUCUCCGGUGACCCGGAAGCCUCCCUUCUCAGAAGGACCUUAGGACCCAAGUGUUCAGGUGGCCUCCCUCUGCGUUGGGCAGCCCUGCCAGCCUCCAGCCAGUCGUCGAGGAUGGUGCCCUGGGGACACGUGCCGGGGGGCUCGGCCCUGGAAGUGCUGGGUGCCCUCGCUGCAGCCUGGUGGCUUCUGCAGGGGGCCUGGUGGCUGGGCCACGUCCUCCUAGUCUAUGGGCUGCCGCGCCUUGGCCUGGGCCUUGGGAUCUCCCUCAGGAAGCAAGGGGCUUGGGCUGUGGUCACCGGGGCUACGAGUGGAAUCGGCAGAAGCUACGCUCAUGAGCUGGCCCGGAGAGGCCUCAACGUCGUCCUAGUCAGCCGAGACCUGCACAAGUUACAUCGGGAGGCGGAGGAGAUCGAGAGACGCCACGGCCAGGAAACGAGGAUCAUCCAGGCGGACUUGAGUGGAGGCCCAGAGCUCUACGAGGCCGUGGAGACCGCGCUGGAGGGCCUGGAUGUGGGCGUCCUAGUCAACAACGUUGGCAGAACUUACCAAAAGUUCCCAGAGAAGCUCCUGAUCUCGGAGAACCUAAGCAAGGACCUGACGGAGACGCUCAACUGUAACGUCCUGUCAAUGCUCCAGAUGACUCGAAUCGUCCUGCCUCAGAUGGUGGCCAGGGGCCGCGGCGUGAUCAUCAACAUCUCCUCUGAGGCCGGCAAACAGCCAGUCCCCUACCUGACCCUGUACGCAGCCACCAAGAUGAGGACCAGGCAGUGGGGGCCAAGUGACUUGCCCAUCGCCAGCCACAUAGCCAGGAAGCGUCUGAAGCCAGAUUCGAACUCAGGAUCUCCCAUCGCUAACCCUGAAAGUUUUUUGAAACCACCUCUCUCAGUUUUAGUUCUAUGGCAUAUAAAACGAGAGCAAAACUCGGCCAUCCCUGACUCCUUUUGCUUUUUAAAAAUCUAAAUUCAAAAAUGUUUUUAUUUAGUCCCUCCCCAUGCUGUAGAAGGCAUCUUCCAGCCUUUCUUUUUC